CGCACGUCUUCCUGUUCCCAGCAUGAUGACAUGGCUAGUCAACUAGUCACGCCCCCAGUAGCUGAUUCAGCCCGAGAGAAGAAUGCGAAAUUCCAAACAUAGAUCAUUCAGCUUUCCCUGUCCAGAUUAUCUCACAUAUAAAGUGCGUGUCCUGCGCUCUGUGGGAUAACAUAUCAUCUCUCCACUUUCGCACUUUCUUGACGCCCACAUACUUCGAGAAUCUCAAGUUCUUCGAAUCAUGUCUACCACCGAGAAACCUUUGAUGCUUUACACGGGGAAGACCCCUAAUGGGUUCAAGGUCACUGUGUUCCUUGAAGAGUUGAAGGCGGCGUAUGGUGGCCCGGAUUACGACUGGAUGGGCAUCGACAUUUGGACGAACGUUCAGAAGGAACCAUGGUUCAUCAAGCUCAACCCCAACGGCCGUAUUCCCACCCUGACCGACCGCUCUCGGGGAAACUUCAACGUCUUCGAGACCGCAGCGAUCCUGCUUUACCUCGCGCAGCACUAUGACAAGGAGGGCAAGUUCUGGUUCGAUAUCGCGAAGGAGGCGGACGAUUAUAGUGAGAUGUUGCAGUGGAUCUUCUUUGCUCACGGUGGUGUGGGUCCUAUGCAAGGCCAAGCCAACUUCUUCACGCACUACGCCAAGGAAGAUCUUCCUUACGCAAAAGAGCGCUACCGGAACGAGACCAAGAGGCUGUAUGGUGUGUUGGAGAUCCGUCUCAAGGACAGGGAUUGGCUCGCUGGACCCGGCCGCGGAAAGUAUAGCAUUGCGGACAUCAAUGUUUGGCCCUGGGUAAGAAUCCAUGCAUACUCCGUCGUCGACACUUUGGAUGAGUGGCCUAACCUCAAGGCAUGGAAGGAGAGAAUCGCGGCUCGUCCUGCGGCUCAAGCUGGUAUCGAUGUUCCUCCUGCCGAGAAGAAGUAAAGCUUUGCGUUCACAGAAUGCAGCGCAGGUCUAACAAGGUUGUACGGAUAGAAGCAGACUCUAGGUAGUCGUGAUGAAGCAAUGUCAAUGUCAUAAUUCUUGUGUUUGAACGAUAGGA